GUCCUAUCAUAUUAAUUCAUUAUUGACUCUCUUGAUGUUAUUUAUAUCUUUCUUCUUCUUUACUUCUCUCUGACCAUACUUGUUUACUUUCUUGUCAGCAAAAUUCUUCAAACAAUUUAAUAACUCAACUUACAAAAAUGGUACAUUCAAAGAAGUUCAGAGGUGUCAGGCAACGCCAUUGGGGUUCUUGGGUUUCUGAAAUUAGACAUCCCUUGUUGAAAAGAAGGGUAUGGCUAGGCACAUUUGAUACAGCAGAAGAUGCAGCAAGAGCAUAUGAUCAAGCAGCAAUAUUAAUGAGUGGCCGCAAUGCUAAAACCAAUUUUCCAAUCACCCAAGAUUCAGAUAAAGAGUUGAAGGCUAAAGAUCAAGAAUCAUCAUCAUCAUCAAUUCCAUCACCAAAAGCUUUAUCUGAAAUACUCCAUGCCAAGCUUCGAAAAUGUAGCAAGGUGCCAUCACCAUCUCUCACUUGUUUGAGGUUGGAUAUUGAAAGUUGCCACAUAGGAGUGUGGCAAAAACGUGCUGGCCCUUCUUCUGAUUCAAAAUGGGUGAUGACAGUGGAACUUCAGAAAGAUAAUAAUGCCAAAAAUGCUGUUGAAGGAGAAUUAAACAAUAAUUCUUCUACUUCUACUUCCAAGAAUUGUGGAGAAAUUGUGGAAGGUAUAAGUAUUAGAAGUGAAAUGGAUGAAGAAGAAAGAGUUGCAUUGCAAAUGAUAGAAGAAUUGCUUCAAAUAAAUAGUCCUUAAUUAUAUUACCCUACAUUGAUGUUCAAGAAGAUGAGGAGAUUUACCAAAAAAACAAGAAUUAGAGACGGACAACUUAUGUUGUUAGAGUACAACAAAAAUCCGUUGUUGAUCCUAUUUAAUGAAAAAUUAUGUUAGCUAUAGGCUAUUUAACGAAGAAUUUCGCUGCUAAUUCCUGUUAUUUUAUAGUAGAUCAACUUGAUCAACUUACUAAUCUAAUGUUUGCUUAUCAUGCAAUAUGUGAUGUUAUACUAUUAGUUUCUAAGAAUUUAAGCUAGAAGUGCCUAUUAUGUAAGUAUAGUAACAAUCAAUAAAGUUUGUUAGAUGUUCGAUUCAAA